AUGGCGGGGGAUUUAAAUUUAAAGAAAUCAUGGAAUCCAGCCUUGAUGAAAAAUCAAAAGAAAAUAUGGCAGGAUGAACAAGAUAAAUUACAAGAAAUUAAGCAAAUUAAACAAUUACAACAAGAAUAUCAUCAAGAAAAUGAAUAUAAAAGUUUAUUAACUUUACAAUAUGGAGAAGGGUUUGACAAGAAGGAUUUGAAUAAUAAUGAGAAAUUGAAAUUAAAUAAGUUAAAUUGGAUGUAUGAUGAUAUGCCUAAGAAAGAUGAUGAAGAGGUGGAGGGUGAAAAUGGAUUUGUGGAUAGUAAUGAAGAAUUCUUAGAUGGGAAGAAUGAAGUGGAGAAUUUGUUAAAUGGGAAUAAGUCAUUUCUGAAAUCAACUAAGGAUAAGAAAAGUUCAAGUUUCGCUAAUGAUAAUUUAAAUCAAAUUUUAAAUGUUGGUAAAUCGAUCACUAAUUCAAAUAAUAAUAUUGAUGAUCCAUUAUUAAAGAUAAAACAAGAAAGAUAUCAAAGACAAAAACCGUCCCCUUCAUUAUCAUCAUCACAUAGUCAUAGAUCAAGAGAAAGUUCAUCCAUACGACAUAAAGAUGAUCAUAGAAUUCAUAAAGAAAGUUCAAGUCGUCAUAGUUCAUCAUCUCAUAGUUCAUCGUCUCAUAGAUCAUCAUCUCAUAGAUCAUCAUCUCAUAGACAUCAUCAUCUGAACUUCUACUAA